GGAGAAAUUAAAGGGUUGAAAAAAAAAAGAAAAAUUGUACGUAUAUGGUAUAGAGGAGCGUCAAGUAGCUUGUGAACCUGUAGUGCUCAGCCAAUGAGGAAACAGGGGAGGUGAUCAGGCGUCGGGUAAUAGGGAAUAAAAGGUUACGAUUUGUUUACUAUAAUGCGCUCCCAACUGGCAGGACGCCUGCCCUUGCAAUCGCGAAUAAAAUAGCUUCACAGAAGAUCCUGUCUGAAGAAAAUUAUUUGAGAUUUUUCUCACAAUCUGGGGGCUCGUCUGGGAUCUUGUCACCUGCCGAAGAUUUCUUGCCACCACAGACAGGAAGGUGCACCCUGCUGAUUUCAGCGAUCCUGUCGGGGGUGGUGGGUCAUCUUGGUACGGCCGGCAAAGGACUGAGACUGUUAAUCUGAAGACAGGCUCUGCGAAGCUCUGGGGAGAAGGGAGGCCAGCUCUGACAUACACAGACACAGCCCAGACAUAGUCCAGCCCGGAUCGGGUACAGGCACAGGGUUUACUACUGAUAACCUGGACUGGGAAGCCGUGCACGGACCAAGAUGAAUAUCUGCAAUAAGCCUCCUAAUAAGACAGCUCCAGAGAAUUUCGGUGAAGCUGUUCCUGAGGUGCAGGUCCAACGUGCUCGAAGGAAUGGCUGGAGCUGGCCUCUGCACCCUUUCCAGAUUAUUGCCUGGUUGCUGUACCUCUUCUUUGCACUGGUUGGCUUUGGAAUCCUCGUUCCUCUCCUGCCCCUCCACUGGCUGCCCGCUGGCUAUAUCUGUCCAGGAGUGUGUUUUAUCUAUCAUUUAGUUGUUCAUCUUACUGCAGUCUCCAUUGACCCUGCGGAUGCAAAUGUGCGAGAAAAAAACUAUCUAGGGCCUCUGGCCACCUUCAAUCGUAAUCAACAUGCACAUGUCAUUGAAAACCAUCAUUGCCAUGUCUGUGAUGUAAAUGUGAGUGCCAAAUCAAAGCACUGUGGAACUUGCAAUAAAUGUGUGUGUGGCUUUGAUCACCACUGCAAAUGGCUCAACAACUGUGUGGGAGAGAGGAAUUACUGGUUCUUUUUGAAUAGUGUGCUGUCUGCCAUUCUGGGCCUUGGGCUUCUGCUGCUCGUUGCUUGCUACGUCUUUGUGGAGUUCUUCAUUAACCCCAUGAUGCUUCGCUCUGACCAGCACUACGAAGUUCUAAAGAACCACACGGACGUCUGGUUUGUGUUUCUUCCUGCUGCUCCUGUUGAGACUGGGGCUCCAGCCAUUUUGGUUCCAGCUGGGACUUUUAUUCUACUGAGCCUAGUGACCGUGUUCCUGCUAGGCCACCUCUUGACCUUUCACAUCUAUCUUAUGUGGAACAAGCUGACUACGUAUGAGUACAUCCUGCAGCAGCGUCCCCAGCAAGAGGCUAAAGAGGCAGACAAGCAACUGGAAUCUUGUCCCUCCCAAGUGAUCCCCAGUCAGGAAGUGGACUUUUUUUCAGGUAACCCUGGCUAUACAGACCCUGGUAUUCAGGUAGAGGACUUUGCAACAGUAACUUCAGGAAAAGGCUUUUCAAAGCUCUACAUCCACAAUGAUGAAGCUGAUCCUGAGCAGACCACCUCUCCUGACCUCCCAUCUCUUCACUUUGCCGUCCCUUCACAGAGACAGAAGAAAAGACGAAAGAAGACGCACAAGACUUCUUCUGCAGCAACAGAGAGCAGAUCUAAAACACAUGCUAGACCUUGGCCCUCUUUCCCAGGUCCUCAGUCAGAGUUUCCAGCCACAGCUGCUGCCACCUCCUCUUCCCACAGUCUUCGCCUCGUAGUGCCAGCUUUCCCUCUGAGAGCUGCUGUGCCCCCCAGCAGCACUGGUCCCAUCCAGGCGGCGGGACCCCCGGCUGACUAUCACUCAGAGUCUGCUGAGUCCAUGGAUGAAAUUCCUGUGGCUCAGACUCACCUUGGGAACACAGCCCCUCAUGGUCCUUCUAAGAAUAGCUCAAGCAAUGCUCAGCAUUAUCCUGUGUCCACGGACGAUCCCAGAGGUGACAGGGAGAAGAACCUGUAUUCUGGGCACAAGGUAAAAAGGAAAAGGUGCCAGCAAGACAGACACAUGGAACAAGACCUGGAACUUUUUUCUAAGAUUCCUGCUGUGUUUGUAAGUAAGAGCAGUGGAGAACCUCAACUGUCACAGCCCCAGCCUGCUGGGAACACAUCUGAGCCACACCACAGAAAAUGCACCAGCAAGCAGCAUUUGGGCAGACACAAUCCACGCUUAAAGGACAUAAGGACAAACACCACAGUGGCCUAGCGAUCAGCCUUCCAAAGCCAUACCCUUUGGGAAUGAGACAAGAGGUUCUCUUUCUAUUUGUAUGUUGCUGUUCAAAGAUCUUGACUCCAGAAACUCAUUCUCUGGAGGUAGCAGUGUCCCUUUACAUGAUGCUGACCAUCUUCCAGCAGACCUAGCUGAGAGGCAGAAAAAACCCUGCUGCAUCUUUCUUUUUUUUUUCUGGCUGCUGCAUCUUCCUAAGACAGAAGUGCCCCUGAGCCCAAUACCACUCUCCUUGUCGAGGAGAACAGAAUUCCCCUGACAGGGAUGCGCCCAGGGCAGCCUCUGGCCCUUAGCCAGUGUUAGCACUCUGUAGAGCACUGAGGGCCUCAUCCCCUCACUGUGUGCGUGCCAUCACUCCACUGUGAGACAUUUCUUGCUGCCUGGCUAAAGGCAACAGGCAAUAAGGAGACAAACCUGAGGCAGGCGCAUUGAGAAGCUGCUAGAGAGAACUAAAACAGUGUUUUCCAUAGGAAGGGGCUGUCCCCUCCUGGCCCUCUGCAGACCAGUACUGCAGUAACUUUUGGUGUGUGGGAAAAAAACAAGGCUGCAUCUCUGCCAUCCCUCGGUACCCUGAAAACUAAAUUUUCCAUCUGCCUCUACCCACUCAGUCUCUGGAUCAUGCCUGGGGGCCUCAGCAGGUAGACAGGGAGUAACCUCAGGAUUGCUCUGUCCCUAUACCACUUUCCACUGUGCACCUUCAAGCCAAGUCCACCAGCAUGUAUUCUCUAAAGCAGUGUGGUUUGACCUACUCAACUGCACCUUCCCAGCAGCCUGAAGUGCCCCACAGUGCAGCUUUCUCAUCAGAAACUCUGGGACACAGCAGGUCCUGAAAGCUUUCCGUCUCCUGGGCUUGCCAAAUCAGCAUCAGGCCACAGCCAAGCUUGGACUCUCUGUAUUGCAGAAAAAUCCCACACCAGACACCAGGGCAUGUGGCCAGUGCCUGGAGUCACAGCUCUGUGCCGGUGGUGAGAAGCAGAGAGCUGUCUGGGCUGCAGAGCCUGUGCUUUCCGUGUCCUCCUGGCUUCCACGGGCAGCAUGCCCUGCUGCAAAUUCCUGGCUGAGCACCGAGGCCAGGGCUGCCAGGAAGCCCAGAUCUGCCUAGCAGCCAGCUACCUCAGAGCCCAGGAUAGCAGCAAAGCACGCAUCCCGGCAGGCCUGGCCACCAGCACGUAUGUGCCUGAUCCCACUUCCCAUCUGACAGCUGCACAGCCCAUGCCUCCCUGGCAUGGCAGCGGCCGCCUCGGCUGCUCGCACCGUUUCUGAAGAGGCGCUGCCCGUGUGUGUGAACACGUAGGUGCACCAGCAGAGAGGAGAUGUGGGGAGCCUUUAUCACCCUGCCACAUCAUUUCAUGCAUGGAACCCACAGCCAAACCAUUCUCCAUACUAUGGUGAGUGCAGGUUAGGAAAGGACAAGACGUGGUCCUGCGUGAGUCCAGCUAAGCCGUUCCUCCACUUGCCUAGGCCUGGAACAGCUCUAUCUGUGAGCAUUAUAACAGAAUUGUUCAGUUGGAAGGGACCUACAAAGAUAUUGAGUCCAAGUGCCUGACCACUUCAGGGCUAACCAAAGGCAAAACAUUACUGAGGGCAUUGUCCAAACGUCUCUUGAACACUGACAGACGUGGGGCAGCAACCACCUCUACAGGAAGCCUGUGCCAGUGUUUGACCACUUACACAGUAACGAAAUUUUCCC